AUCAUUACUAUUAUUUUUAUUUUCCUUUUUUUUUUUUUUUUUUUUUGUAACAGUACUUUCUAGUUUGAACUUUUCACUUCUCUAUCUUCCUAUAAUGAACUAAUAUUGUUUAAUUAAACUUAUAAUUACUUUUCAUCUUUAUUAAACUUUUUUAUUUCUGAUAGUUUUGACUUUUGCAUAAUUGCCAAGUUUCUGAAAUUUCUAACAAUAAAUUUCAUUAAACUAUUUCUGUCACUGUACUGACUUUUUUGAAUAUGGCUUCUUUGCAUGAAAAACUGAAAUAUUUCUGUUUAAUUACUGACAUGCAUUUAAUUAAUACAGAGGCAGCUGCACUCGAGUUUGCCACCGAUGCUGGACUUCUUCCCAGAGAGGAUGAGGCACCACCUUGCCCCAAGUGCCAGGCACCGAUGAGAAGCAACAAGAGAAAGGAAUCAAAGCUGGGAUGGCGUUGGGUCUGCAGCCUGAGAAAUCGCAACAACUGCUCUGGCAUGAUUAACCCCAUUGAAAACACAUUUUUCGAAGGUACAAAAAUCCCAAUAAGGGAAGCUUUAGUCAUAACUGUGUACUUUGUUCUAGAUCACAGUUUCAGCUACAUAAAUCAGCAGCUAAAGCUAUGGAGGGAAAAGCAAAAAUUACCAGUAAUUGCAAAUGAGACUAUUGUUGACUUUUUAUCAUAUUGUCGUGAGGUAUGCGAAAUUUUUGCCUCUCAUCAUAGCAGAAUGUUAGGUGGUAAAGGAAAAUCUAUAUUAAUUGAUGAAACAUUUUUGACCCGCCGCAAGUACAACCGCGGCAGGGUAACCAAAAAUAUGACCAUCGUAGUUUUAGGCAUCUACUGUCGAGAAGACAAAGAAGGAUUAUUUUUCAAGGUUAAAGGAAAAAGCAAAAGGCAUUUGUGGCCUUACAUUAAACGUCAUGUUCACCCAGAAACCACCUUCAUAUACACUGACUCUGCUCCACAAUAUAAAAGGAUAGAAAAUUUAUUUCCGGCAGCAACACAUAAAACUACCAAUCACAAGAAAGGCGUAUUCGUAGAUCCCGAUGAUAAACAGAACACUAUAAAUGAUCUUGAGGGUGAAAACAAACUUUUUAAGAGGUCUAUAAAGAGCAAGAGAACAGAUGAUAUUUGCACGCAGUACAUGGCUGUACAUUAUUACAGGCGGUUCCGCUUGAAGCCCUUUACUUAUGAUGGAGAAAGACUUGCUCAGUUUCUACAGGACAUUAAAGCUGUGUAUCCAGGCCAUGGAAAAGUCGGCCUUGAACUUAAAAUGUUGGACGAACCAACAUCAGAAAGCGAAGGAAUUGAGGACCUGAUGCCUCCAAAGAAAUCAGCCCGACAAGAUGAUGAUAUACCAUUCAUUCAGGAAGAUGAUGAUAAAUGGGAGUAAGGGAACACAGACCAAGUUUUAAAACUGGAAUAAAUGAUAAGAAAAGCAUACAAGUAAAUUGUUUACUAUAAUUUGUGUAAAUGUUCAGAUGGUCCACAAAUUUUGAUUUAAUACCUUUUUGUUUUUCACUACAUGAAAUUGUUAUUUUUUAUUUCCUUUUAGAAUUCAACCAAAAAACAGAGCCCAGAAAACAAAAGGAUGGAAAUGUUGCGAAAAUGUUGCAUAUCUUUUACAGAAAGAGGUAAAUGUGUAUUUCAGUUAUUCUCAACUUUUAUUUUGACGUGAGAGCUAUUCUUUAUAUAUUUUGUUAUUCCUUCAUUAAAAUAAACUUUCUUUCACAGCUGCAGAUCCAAAAUGUCAUGAAAUACUAUGACAGAGGUAAGACAAAAUUUUAACCAUUCACAGCUUAUGUUUCAAAUUAGUGCUUCACUUUAUUUUAAUACUACUCCUUCAGUAAAAGCAACUGUAAAAUUUAUUUAGUUAUUAUUAGUAUAAGUUUACCUACUUAUUUUUCAGUAAAAAAAACUUUAUUGCAAAUUAGGUAAUCCAAAAAAAUAAAUAAAAGAAAGAAGAAAACUAAUUUUGACAGAUAAAUUGACAAACAUAGAGGUGAGUUGAUUAAUUUAAAGGUUUCCAGCCUACUUCUUACCAGAAAACAUUUUAUUGUUAAGGAUAAUUUAUCACCCCUUUCAGGUAAAGAAUAUUGCAGAAAUGAGAAAUGAAUCAUGGAAAGAAAUGAAUCUUCAGUCAGAAAAUAUACAGGUGAAUUCAUUACUUUUAAUGUUUCCAGCCUGUUUAUUUUAAUUAUGUAUUUUCAUACUACGUUUAUUAUUUUAAUUUUACCGUUUAUUUAUUAUUUUAAAUAUAAGGAUUCAAUCUUACAUUAUUAACUUCUUAAACUUGCCACCCUUUUGUGGUAAUUGUGUAUUUUUGUACUAUGUUCAAUUAUUAUUUUCUAGUUAAAAAGAGUAUGUAGUUAACAAAAGAUUAAAACUAAACAACAGAAAGAACACUUUUAGAAAAAAUAUUAAAACAUUUAAUAAAAGUGUUUAUAUAUACGCUAACUUAUGUUUUCAUUAUCGUAACCUUGUUUAGUUAUCUUGUAUUAUGAAUAUGCAUAAUAUGGAUAUUUUGUUUAGGGACUUCAAAAAUAACAUUUUGCUGCCACUUAGACGAGGGAAGAAGCAGAUGGAGAAAUCAACUCGGAUGACAAACCCAGUGCCUGGGGGUAUAGCCAGGUUUUUCUUUCAAGAAACACAUCCGAGUUGAAACGACUGAUGCGGGCCACACCUGAAAGCGAAGGAACUGAGCAACUGCUGCCACCACAGGAAAUCUCGACGAUCAUGAAAUUUAAAAUCUUGUUUAUUUAUCUUGUAUUCUGAACAUAUAUAACAUGGAUAUUUUCUCUACAAAAAACUCCAAAUAGUGAACUGCCAAGUAAUACUGCUG